AUGGCCAGCUUGGAAGAGCCCGCAAUUCUAGAAAAGAGCGCAUAUGACGAGUAUAAAAAUCCGCUGCCACAAGCGAUUCGCGAAGAUAGAACAAUUUACCUCUCUCGAAACCAAUUUGGACCGAUCUCAAACAUCCCAAAGGCCUUGGGCCGAAUUGCUAUUACUGAUUACGGCUUCUCUGCCAAGGGGACGGUCCGCACUAUGGAGCAAUUCAAGCAGAGCCAUUGCGUGCUCCUGAAUUUAGGAGUUAUGCUCUGGGAUCUGUUUGGAAAGCAAUCCUUGUUUCAAGAGCUUGACAUAGAAGCCAAUUAUGAUGAUAAACUUCAUCUUGCCUGUAUAACGGCGCUACUAGGGCCACCGCCGUCAGCUCUACUGCAGCGAGGCAAGCGGACGUCCCUGUUUUACGAUCUGAAUGAUCAGCUACAGUACAAGGGCGACAUACCCUCACUUGAUUUCGCAUCAUCUGUUGAACAGAUUCCAGAAGACGAUAAAGAAUUGUUUAUCAAAUUCGCUAAAAGGCUACUCACUUGGGAUCCAAAGGAACGGUCUUCGGCGAAAGAGUUACUAGGAGAUCCAUUUUUACAGCAGUGA